UGACAAAAUGGAAAACACCAGCAGUGUGAGGAGACCUGAAAGUGGCACAUGGCAGAGUGUGGCGAUGGAGACAGCAGCAAUGGGAGGCCGUACAGGGACCCAUGACAGAUUACGGGCCUGGCAGCAGCAUGAGGAGGCGGUACGGGGGCCCAUGGCAGAUUACGGGCCUGGCAGCAGCAAUGGGAGGCCCGUAAUCUGCCAGCACCCUAUGACAAAAUGGAACCCACCAGCAGUGUGAGGAGACCUGAAAGUGGCACAUGGCAGAGUGUGGCGAUGGAGACAGCGAGCAAUGGGAGGCGGACAGACCCAGUAGACACGUGACCUGGCAGCAGCUUGA